CUUUUCCCGCCGCUGCUGCUGCUGCCGCCGCCCGGCUUCGGGUCCGUCCUAAGAUGGCGAAACUGCUGAGUUGCGUUCUGGGCCCGCGGUUGUACCGGGUCUAUCGGGAGCGAGGCCCUGCCAGACCCCGUCGCAUUAGGGCUGAAGAAGAAGACUCGUCCCAAGCCGCCCUAGAACCUUCUUGGGAAUCAUAUUAUCAGCCACGGACCCUCGAAAAACAUGCUGAUAGUAUCCUCGCACUGGCUUCCGUACUGUGGUCCAUUUCCUAUUACUCCUCCCCACUCGCUGUGUUUUACCUGUACAGAAAAGGCUAUUUAACGAUGUCCAAAGUUGUUGCUUUUUCUCACUACGCCGGGACCAUGCUGCUCCUGUUGGCCGGGAUUGCCUGCCUCAGAGGCAUCGGUCGUUGGACAAACCCUCAGUACAUCCAGUUCAUCACCAUCCUUGAGGAUGCACACCGGUAUGGCACACCUGAGCACAAGAAGAAACUUGCCAGCUACAACUUUGACUUCAGGAGUUGGCCUGUGGACUUUCGGUGGGACGAGGCAACAAGCCGGUCAGAUUCACGAAAUGUUCCCUUGUUACGUCCAGAACCAAAGCACCGAAGCGCCGUCAACGGCUUCCUGCAUGCCAUUAAGAAGCUUCCCUGCCAGAUUGCCAGCUUUAUAGUGGCUCACACUUUCGGGCGGCGCAUGCUGUACCCAGGCUCUGUGUAUCUGCUGCAAAAGGCCCUUAUGCCCAUGUUGCUUCAAGGACAAGCUCGACUGGUGGAGGAAUGCAACGGAAAACGAGCAAAGCUGUCCGCUUGUGAUGGAAAUGAAAUUGACACCAUGUUUAUGGACCGGAGAGAGACGUCAGAGCCACAAGGCCAGAAACUGGUGAUUUGCUGUGAAGGAAAUGCAGGCUUCUAUGAAGUUGGUUGCCUUUCCACCCCCCUGGAUGCUGGAUAUUCCGUGCUGGGAUGGAAUCACCCUGGAUUUGCAGGCAGCACGGGAGUGCCGCUGCCACAGAAUGAAGCCAAUGCCAUGGACGUGGUCAUCCAGUACGCCAUCCACCACUUGGGCUUCCUUCCCGAGGACAUCAUUCUCUAUGCCUGGUCCAUCGGGGGCUUUACAGCCACCUGGGCCGCCAUGUCAUACCCCGACAUCAGCGGCCUCAUUCUGGAUGCCUCCUUCGACGAUCUCGUUCCUCUGGCCCUCAAGGUCAUGCCGGAAAGCUGGAGGGGCCUGGUCACCCGGACAGUGAGGCAGCAUCUGAACCUGAACAACGGGGAGCAGCUUUGCUGGUACCAGGGACCCGUCUUGCUGGUGCGCAGAACCAAAGAUGAGAUUAUCACCACAACGGUCCCUGAAGAUAUAAUGUCCAACAGAGGGAAUAAUUUGCUUCUGAAAUUACUGCAGCACAGGUAUCCCAAAGUCAUGGGUGAAGAGGGUGUGAGAGUCGUACGGGAAUGGCUGGAAGCUUCCACACCUAUGGAGGAAGCCUCCAUUUAUAGCCGCUACGAAGUGGAAGACGACUGGUGCCUGUCCGUAUUGAAGUCAUAUAAAGCUGAAGAUAGAGACGAAUUUCCCUGGAGUGUCGGUGAAGACAUGACUCUUGAAGGGAGACGGCAGCUUGCACUAUUCCUGGCCCGGAAGCACCUUCAAAACUUUGAAGCGACACACUGCACUCCACUCCCUGCUCAAGAAUUUAACCUCCCGUGGAGCUUAUAGCACCCACCCCACCCCUCAGCCCUUCCCUUGCAGAAUUCAUGGCUUUUACUGUAUUGGCAUUUUCCCAGCCUCCUGCAUCGUGCAUUUGCUUUUCUUGUGUGAAUUUGUACGUCUGACCAUCACCGUUACCCUCCCCGCUGCACGCUGUAAAUCUGCAUCCACUCCCCUGUAAUAUUUAUCCUCUAACCCCCCCCCCCAAAACCCCCAACUAGUUGUUGGGGCUCACAAUAAAGAUGGUAUUUUUUCUA